ACUAUUGAUCAGAAACUUUUCGACCUUCACAGCUAAUUGUACACAAUAAUUAAAUAAAACAAAAAUCCCUUGAACAAUGUGGCUGAAAUUAAAAGAAUCUCUGUUUGUUCUGCAGAUUAAUAUAGAAAAGUGUUGUGAAAAAGAGGAAAUAAGAAAAAGUAGCAACAACAACAACAACAACAUACCCAGUAUAUUCCCCAAUAGGUUGGGGUCUUGGGGGUCAAUUGUACGCAGACCUUACCCUCCUCCGAACAAAAAAAGUAGAGGAACAAAAAAAAAAAAUGGAUUGCAGAAAUGACAAAUUCCUCUCGACUCUGGCAAAAGCUUUGCCUCAUCCUCCUCCGCUGCCUUCACAUCUCACCACAAGUUUUCAUCAAAAGAGCUUCAAGAUCAAUGGCUCAGAAAUCAAAGAACAUUGCUUAUGCGAUUCUAAGUCCGCCAAUAGUUCGUGGGACCGCCUUUUCGACGAGGCUUACAGAGCGGAUGUCUCUAUCUCAACGGAUGGCGGCGGCGUAAUUUACGCACAUGCGAGUGUUCUCGGUGUUGUUUCGCCAGUUUUGAAGUCCAUGUUGAACAAAUCAAAGGGAAAGGGUCGUAACCGUUUGAAAUCAAUCUCGAUUGGUGGAGUUCCAACUGAGGCUGUUCGAGGUUUCAUCAGAUUCUUGUAUUCCUCAAGCUAUGAAGAGGAAAGCAUGAGAACCUUUGCACUGCCUCUUUUAGUGCUGGCUCACGCAUACAUGGUCCCACAGCUUAAGCGAGUGUGUGAGUGCUGGCUCGAGCACAAACUCCUUACCACGGAAAAUGCAGUCGACAUUUUCCAGCUGGCUUUGCUGUGCGAUGCCCCUCGACUCAGCUUUGUCUGCCACCGCUUCAUUGUCACCAACUUCAAGGCCGUGUCCGCCACAAACGCGUGGAGGGACAUGAAAUCCAGUCACCCAAUCCUCGACCGUGAAAUCCGAGCCUCCAUCAUUGACGAGGAUGUUAUGAAAAAGGAAAGGAUGAGGAAGAGAGAGGAGAGGAAGAUGUACGUGCAGCUGUACGAGGCAAUGGAGGCACUGGUGCAUAUAUGUAAAGAUGGGUGUCGAACGAUCGGGCCCCACGAUAAAAGCCCGAGGAAGAGUCAGGGCCCGUGUUCAUACGCGGCCUGCAAGGGGCUCGAGAGGCUCAUUCGCCAUUUUGCCGAGUGCACGAUGAGGCGUCAGGGUGGGUGUGUGCACUGCAAGCGGAUGUGGCAGAUUCUCGAUUUGCAUUCACGGCUCUGUGUCGACUCGGAUGCCUGUAGAGUGCCCUUGUGCAGGAAAUUUAGGCAGAGGAGAAGGCAACAGAGCAAGAAGGAAGAUAUAACAUGGAGAAUCUUGGUGAAGAAGAUUGUGAGAUCAAGGAGCAUUACUGGUGCACCAUUCUUUACACUGGAAUCAGCUUGAAGCAAAAACAAGGUUCUCUCAUUUUGGACAUAAAAAUGCAUAAUUCUUUAUUGUAAUAUAAUUCAUUUGUAAUGUGUAGCUAGAAUGAGAUGGAAAAAGGUCAAAUACUAUUAUUAUUUUAUUUUUUUUGUUUUUGUUUUUGGUUGAGAUGAUUGGGCAGGGUCUGUGUAAAUGGGAAAGAGGAUGAAAUAAAUAAAUGGGAAUUGUAAUUAUUUGUCGGAGCUUGCAUAUCAUGAGUUGUGUAAUAAAUUAUUCUUUUAAUCAUUCAUCUUUUUGGUCUGUUAGA